UUUCUUCUUCUCUUUCAGAUCUGCAUUUCUUUUUCCCUCUUUUCUUUUUUCCUUUCCUUCCCUUUCCUCUUGGAUCUUGAUUUUCUUCCUACUUCCACCUCAUUCUUGCGAUAUUUAAUCUUCAAAUCGAUUAGAUCGGACUUUCUUUUUCUUUUUCCUUCUCUUUCUUGCCUCCUUUUGACGCCUGUUGUUUAUUUCUCUCUUCCUAUUUGCCUUGCGUUUUUUCAAUUUGUUUAGAAUGUUGUAGAUUUAUUCCGUGUUUAAUUUUCUUAUUGAAUGUUGGCUAUGGCGCAAUGUUUAUGGAUUUGGAGAUGGGUUGAGCUGAUGCCUGAUAAUUUCCUUUUCGAUUGUUUGUUUUGAGGUUCCAUAAAUUAUAUUUUAGGUGUCGUUGGAUCUCUAUGGUUUAAUGGUGCAUUUCUGAGUUUAGGUUAAUUUAUAUUGAUUACUUCCUGCUUUUUGCUAAUGGAUUACCGAUCUUUGAUGAUUUUGCGGUUAUAGCCAUCUUCAAUGUUGACUUGAAAAAUAUAGGGCAAGUUUUUUAAUAUCAAGUUAAAAGUUCUUUAUUGCCUCUGACUAUUGCGACAUAUAUUCAUGCCAUCUAUAAAAUCACGAGGAUAUCUUCUCUGUCUUGCCUUCCGCUUUAUAUAUCUAGCAGUUUUAAUAUGUGAUUCAAGUUUUGCAUUUUAUCUUUCCUUAAAUUCGACAAAUCUACAAGUUUUAAUCCAUUUCAAAAUGCUUUGCUUACCUGCUGCAGAUUACAUCGUCAUAUUACCACUUUAAAUUCUUAUAUGUUUGAAUGAAAUCUGAAUUUAUUGAAACACACUUGCUGAAGAAAAGGGGGCUGCUUGUUGUUAUCUGUCUAAUCUUGGGCCCCUCUUGUUUUUGUAGAAGAUUUUGUGUUUGGUGCUAAAUUUCAGAGGACAUAGGAAGAUUAGUGCUCUUGAAUAUGGUUCUUGACAGCAUUCUAGCUUCUCCCCAUAGGAGAUCCCCAUCAUUCAGAAAGCAGUUUCCUGCAAAUGAAUUGGGCAGUUGGUCUACUCUCUUCAAGCGGCAUCGCUUCCUCUUAACCGCGCUAGCACUCUUAACUUUCCUUUGCACAAUCUAUCUUUACUUUGCUAUCACUUUGGGUGCUACGGCGUCGUCUUGUUCGGGUUUGACUGGAACUCAAAGAGAGUUGUGUCGUCUGGAGCAUGCUAAAGCUUCUCUGGCUAAAGGCAAACUAAAAUUUCUAUGAUACACACGUAGGGACUUCAAGGUACAAAACCUUCUCAUGUAUUGGUCCUUCUCUUUGGUGGGCUUUGUAUUUAUAAAAAAGAAAAAUCGAUGAUUAUUAUAGAUCAAAAGUUCAUUCAUCCUUUUUGAUUCACACAUAUAACUUAUAAGAUAUAGCAGAAUGUUAUUAACAUUGCUUUCUUGCAUUAAUUUGUUGUUGUUUUUUCUUUUCCUUUUUUUUUUUUUGUGAUAAUGAAUUUAUAUUAAACCUUCAAUCAUAAUGUUCAUAUUAUUUUGGGUACAAUUAUUAAUGGGAGCUACCGGUCAUACCCUA